AUGUAUGCUUAUAGAAAAACUGUAAGUUGCUAUCCUACAGAGCAUCCUAAUUUGUUGUCUGAUGUAAUGUUUUUCCUAACAUUAGGAAUAUUGUCAGAUAAGAAAACCGAACGGGACAAUGAAGUUGAUUUAGUUUACAUCUGGAUAAAUGGAUCAGAUUCACAAUUCAAAUACAAUCUUACGAAGUAUCUCCAGUCAAUCAACAGAAAAGACUCGAAACUAUUGGCGUUAAAUAGAUACUACGAUUUUGGCACCCUGAAGUAUUCCAUGAGAUCAGUUCAACAAUAUGCCAACUGGUUUAGACGUAUUUACCUUAUUACAAAUGGACAGAUACCUUAUUGGCUCAAGACAGAUAGCUCACGCAUAAAAAUUGUAACACACGAGGAGCUGUUUCCAAACAAAAGCGAUUUACCAACGUUUUCAUUCCAAGCAGUUGAAAGUCACAUGUUCAGAAUAAAAGGACUCUCAAAAAGAUUUAUAUGUAUGUAUGAUGACAUAAUUCUUACAUCAAAAGUUGCGCUGGAAGAUUUUGUUACAUCAUCGGGAAAGUUUAAGGUCCGUUUUUUCCCCGGGGAUCUUGAAAGCUGUAGCCUAAACUGUCGGUCCGAGAAUGUGAACAAUGGUAAAUGUGAAAGGUCAUGUUACACUAAGAAUUGUGAAUGGGACGGAGACGACUGCAUUGGUAAAAAUAUUGAGCCAAGUCAAGACAAUAACGAAAAUAUUAAGUUUGACAGCUAUAAGGGAUCGAUCCUGCAUACGCAAUUUCUAUUCAAUAAAGAGUUUGGACCUAGGAUCAGAGAAAUACCAAGGGGUGGACCACAUUUGUAUGAUAAAGGGAUUUUCAAACAUUUACAAGUCAGAUUUCAAGACGACUGGGUAAAAACAUCUACGUAUAAAAUUCGUCACGAUAAAUCAAUUAAUCUACAGUUUGCCUAUUAUAACUUCUUAAUUGAGGCUUCAAUACUUGGUUUACAGAAUAUAUCUGCCGAUCAGAUAGAAAACACUGAAAGCUGGAGAUAUUUAAUGCUUACAAUAGACAGCAAGAAUGAUUUUGAAAGAAGGCAACAACUGAAGACUACAAAAAAGGACAUCGAGCUUAAAAAACCACAGUUUCUAAUUGCUGUCAACAAAUUUAAAGAACAUAUAAGCGGAGAGCGAAUAAGGGUUAUUGAAAAGGACAUUCACGCAUUGUUUGAUAAGUUAUUACCAGAACCAUCAAUAUUUGAAGAACAGAUUGAACUGACAAGCCUAGUGUCUAGUAUUUAAUUAAAAAUCUAGCUUUUCCCAGUCAUCAUUUAAACAUCUGCAAGGUUUAGUUUUAGGUAUUAGAUCUAAAUACUUCAUAUAUGAUUAGUAAUUAAUAAACUAGAAAAAAAUUCAUAGAUGAUUACAUUUUGUACAUUGAUGUAGGUUAAUGUGAUAUAAAUAUGAACUUUGCUGUUUUGUUUUGUAAUAAAAUGCGCAAUAGGGAGUGAAAUAUUCUGGAGGAAGGGCAAAAAUGUGUUUUGUAAUGUUGAAAUAGUGGACUAAGAACAUC